UUGCAAUCUUUCAAGUUAAUCUGCCAUUCCUAUAUCGCUAACCGCUUAACUUUUUCAUAGUCUGUCCAUGCCUAACGCUAGCUCCGAUCGAUAGCUGUUAGGGACGGUGUUCUCGUUGGAGACAAGGAACCAUGAAGAACAUCCUUGGAUUGGUGCAAGGUGCUGCAGCACGUAUAGACCUAGAAUAUAAAACUCAACGGGGGCAGCCCUACAAGAGGACAGCGCCCGUCAAGAACAAAAGUGGCGAGACAGAGGAAAUAGCUCUCUUCACCAACAAGGAUUCUAUCUUUGGAGAAAUCCGUGUGACGCCCUUGACGACCAAGAAGUUCGAACACCAAGGCAUCCGUGUGCAGUUGGUUGGUCAAAUUGAGCUCUUGUCCGAGCGUGGGUCUCCACACGACUUCGUGAACCUAGUCCGGGAGCUAGCUCCCGGGGGCGAGCUGCAGGCCUCCAAAACCUUUCCCUUCGAGUUCCAGAAUGUGGAGCUGCAGUACGACUCAUACCGGGGUAGCCAAGUCCGGUGCAGGUACCUGCUGCGGGUGACGGUUGUGGGGAAAGGCAUGACGCCAGACUCCAAACGUGACUUCCCUCUUUGGGUCAGGAACUACGAGAAGCUGCACGAGGCCACAGUGCCUAUAAAGAUGGAGGUGGGCAUUGAGGACUGUCUGCACAUUGAGUUCGAGUACGACAAAGCGAAAUACCACUUGAGGGACGUGGUGGUAGGCAAGAUCAACUUCCUGCUGGUGCGCAUCAAGCUCAAGUACAUGGAGAUUGAGAUCAAGCGAAAGGAGACCACCGGCUCCGGGAACUCCACACACAACGAGAACGACACAAUUGCAAAGUACGAGAUCAUGGACGGGGCGCCUGUUCGCAGCGAGAGCAUACCGAUCAGAUUGUACUUAUCGCCCUUCGACUUGACGCCCACGUACCGAGAGGUACACAACAAGUUCAGCGUUCGCUACUUCCUAAACCUGGUACUGGUGGACGAGGAGGACCGUCGCUACUUCAAACAGCAGGAGAUUGCCCUGUACCGGAAGGAGGAUGGAGCUCCCGCUGGAGCGGGGACAGCCGCAGACAGCGCGGACCGAGGGCCGCUGUGAGGGGGCAGCGGUAACAGAAGAAGCAGCAGCUGGAAGGUUGGCAGAUUUUGCGAGUAUCCUGGUUGGGUUUGGAAAACUUAGUGACUUGGUAGUUUGGGGUUGGCAAUGGCGGGAUGAGGGUUGCUGUGUGUGGGGGGGGAAACGUGUGGUGUGGUGCCAGACGGGCAGCGAUUGGCGGGUCACAGCGGGUGCAGUAGCCAGCCGGAGGGAGGGCAGAGCCGCUGCAGUAAACUAUCCUCCCUAUCCUCCCUUUUCAUCGGCAUUGCGGUGCGCAAGUCGACAUGGGUUCUUGCAAGUUGAUAUCAGGU